AUGUUGAACAGGUUUCUCAAUUUUCAAUUUUAUAGCCAAAUUAUUUUAUUUUAUCGUCUUUUUCACUUGUUUUUUUCUUUCAUUCUGCGUUUAGGAAGAGGCACGCCAUUUGUUUCAAUCAGCUUGCGAAUGCGAAAAAACUGGAGACAUGUCCAACGCUGUUAAGCUGUCAGUUUUUCUUUUCUAAUAAUUAACUUUUUAUUUCUUUUUUUAGAUACAAGAAAGCCUUCAGACUUGUCCCAAAUAUCGAUAGACAAAUGAAUAUUUUUGAGCAACAAGGAGAUCAAGGUUGAAGAUUAUCAAAAUUUAUUAUUGAAAAUUCUCCGUUUUUUAGGAUGAUAACUUGACGCUAAAUGAAAAGCAAAUUUUGAGGAACAACCUUAUUGAAAAAAUCAAGGCAACCGUCGACGAAAAGGGAGCUUUUUUCGAGAAAGACAAAUCUGGUUCAUUUCUUGAAAAAAAUUUUUAAUUAAAUAAAAUUUAACAAAUUAGUUGAAUAUAAUGUUUUUCAGGGCCUUGUGAAUUGCUAAAUCUUCCUCGAGAGCUACUACAGCUUAUUGUGCGGAAUGUUCUCCUACCAGACUUUGAUGUGUUGAGUAUCGAGCGUCUCUCGUUAACUUCCAGUUUUUUCUACAUUCUGACUACGUGAAUAUUUUUAGUUUCAAGCUCGCAAAGGAUUCCAAAAUAUUUUCAAUGGCUUUUUACAGUGAGGAGUUGCUUUGGAAAAGCGCCAACACACAGAAGUCAUUCUACAAAUCGGAUGAAAGCGCAGAAAGCGAUUGGCCGACUGAUCCCACACUCGAUCUUCGCAUGCAGUUCCUGACGACGCCUCAUGUGAUGUUCAACGGGUGUUACAUUUCCAAAACGUCUUAUAUUCGCCAGGGAGACAACACGUUCCAGGUGCUCUUUUCCAUUUCUUUGAAAACUUUUUUCUAAAGUGUGCCAGUAUAUUCUAUCAGAAACGCGAUAAACGCCACGAGAAGUUAAACUUUUUUUGUUAUUUAUUUUAACUCAAAAAAAUAUUUGAGAAAGUGUUGAAAAGGUGACCAGCAGGAGGUCGGAAGGUAAAUGAAAACAAUAAGUUAUUGAAAAGAUAAGAAAAGAUAAUCAGAAAGUAGUCGAAAGGUCUUUGAAAGGUGAAACAUCAAAAAUUCCUGCCAAAAACAUUCUAGCAGGCUUUUUGAAGGUAGAGCAUUGAAAGAUAUGAAGAAGGUAUUUGAUUACUAAGAAAACUGUUGAACGCCUUCAGUGGAACUGAUGGAAUAGUUUCUCAACUUUUACCUGAGAAGGUGAAAUCCAUUGUUCCCUGAGAAGAAACUUCUAGAAAAAUUUGUCUAUUUGGCGGUUUGACAGUUAAAUAUCAUUUUGCAAAAGUUCGCCAUCAAAAGAUAUUGGAGCAUUGACAAAAUUUGAUAACCCUUAUUUUUAGGUAGCCUGAUAGCUCAUUGAAAAUGUCGCUUGUUUGCUUUUUUGCAACGUCUUUGCUAUUAUAAUAGUGAAUAGCUAAAAUUUUCCGCCGGUCUUUAUUCCAUGUUUUUUUUUUUGCAAAAUUUGGAAUAUUCUCAAUUGGUUAAGAAUCCUGUAAUAAAAGCAAAAAGUCCUCUGUUUUUGCAUUUUGUUUCUCCAUGUCCACAAUAAUCUAGCAAGUUUCUACAUGCAUAACUUUUUUUCAUUUUUGUUUUCAGGCGUCCGAAUAUCAGCCUUGGCACACUGUCACAUAUUUUAGAGUUAUGCGCUUUCACUCCAAUGGUUUAUGCAGAAGUUUUGUUUGAUAAACUAAAAUUGUACAUUAAGGAUGGUUGUAUUCUACAACUGUGGCAGACAAUCCCAUGAAAGCCAGCGAAACUUUGUGCGGCAAAACGCCAAGAACAGUAAAAGCAGUUAUGAGGGGUCGCUGGUACUUAAAUGGAAACAUCAUAACAAGCACGGUUAGUUCUAUUUAAAACAGAGCCAAAUUUUGCUCAGUUUCAGCUCCACCGACCAGGUGACACGCCGCAAAAAAUGAAGAUCACCACUCGUAAACGUGAACAAGUUCUUUAUCACCAUGGGGUACGUUUUGAAACUUAUAAAAGUUUUCAGUUGAUCUUGAUCAAAAUUUUACGUUUUCAAAAAAUAAGAACACAAUUAGUAUUAAACUGGGUAUUAGUAAAAAAACAUUUUUGCGUUACGUCUUGAUUUUUGAAGAGAAGGAUUUCUGAAGCUUAAAAAAAUAAGAUCAAUACAACUUUAAUAAAUUGGUGAAACUCACCUGAGAGAAAUUUAAGAGAAUUUUUAGAUGCAUUCCAGAAAAAUUUAUCGUCUUUUUGAUCGUCUGAAAACUUUAUUACCAAUGCUCUCCGGGAUCUUUUUUUGCUUGUUUAUCAAAAUAUUUUGAAGAAGUAUCAGCUUUAAUUAGAGCAGUUAUCAAAAUCAUAGUAAUUUUCAUUGUAGAAACAUUUCUUCAGUUCCAAAUUGGUCAAUUCAAAAAAAUAAGAUGAAAUUGUACUGAUAAAAAAUUGGAGGCAAGUUAACAGGAUUUGAUACCGAAAAGCUAUGAAUUUCGCUAAAGGCGCGAAAAUCCAAAAAAGCGAAUAGUUCAUGGCGAAAUGCUCUUGAAAUAUUAACUACAAUUUUCGAUGUCGAUACAUAUUUCUUUUUAGCGUUGGCUAUGAAAAAGGUGGUGAUUAUUUAUAUCCGAAAAUCUUAUAUAAAGCUAAUUUUUUUAGGUCAAAGAACAAAAUUACGAGAUUACUCUGAAGCUGGAGCCGUGCCACACGAUGCGAUGGCGUCUUCACUGGGUCUCCAACAAACACUUUAUCCGAUACUUUAACGGUGACUCGGAAGAGAGCUCUUUUGAGGUAAAAGAUAAACAUUUGAUAUUGAAACUGAAUCAUGAUUUUUUUCUCAGACCAACACGAAGCGCUUCCCGGCGUUGAAGUUUUUCCCCUACUCGACACCACGUUUUUGA